AUGGACGACGAAUUAUACGGUGAAUACAAUGAAUACAGUAAUUGGGAUGACGAAAAUGAGGUUUCCGGUAGUUAUCUAGAUGAGCAAGAUCAGGAACAGAAUGAUGCCUUGAUACAGCAGGAAUGCUUGGAUAAUUUUUCCAGUAAAGAUUAUAUAAUGGAGCCUGGUGUCUUUAAAGAUUUACAAAGAUAUUUCCGAGCUGGUGGUGCCCCAGAACAGGUAGUGGAAUUAUUAUCUGAUAACUAUACAGCUGUUGCCCAGACUGUUAAUCUUUUUGCAGAGUGGCUCAUAUCAACAGGUGUUAAUGCUGUUGAGGUUCAACAAAUGGUGGAAAAACACUUGAAAACAUUGAUUGUAAAGCACUUUGAUCCUAAAAAAGCUGAUUCUAUAUUCAGUGAUGAAGGAGAGACCCCCUCUUGGUUGGAGAACAUGAUUCAACAUCAGACCUGGAGAUCAUUGUUUUAUAAACUAGCUGAACAAUAUCCAGACUGCCUCAUGCUGAAUUUUACAAUAAAGAUUAUUUCAGAUGCUGGUUAUCAAGGUGAAAUUGCAAACAUCUCUACAGCCUGCCAUCAAGUUGAAAUAUUCUCUCGGGUUUUGAGGACUUCAGUAGUUAAAUUACUAGAAGGAGCUGAAGAAUUUGACAAGCAGCUGCCUGAAUUCACUAAAAUGGUAUGUCAUGGUGAACAUACCUAUUUAUACUGUCAAGCACUACUGCAGAUAUUGGGUAUUGAUCCACAAGCUGGCUCUGUUAUUAGGAGAAUUAGUGAAGAAGUACAGAAAUCAGCAUCUGAAAAAGGAUAUGAUGUUGAUUCAUUAAGUUUGUCUCUAACGAAUGCAGCUGCCUAUCCUAGAGCCUGUCAGGCCAUUGCUUCUAUGUUGUCAAGACAUGCACUCAACCCAGCUGAUAUAACAGUUUUAUUCAAGAUGUACAGUAGUCCUGAUCCACCACCAGUGGAGCUGAUAAGAAUACCUCAGUUGCUUAUUAUUUUUAUACAUUCUUUAUUUAAACCUGGAGCUAAAGUGAAUCCAGAACAUCGCAGUAAAUAUGUCUACGUCUUGGCAUAUGCUGUCUGUGUACAUGAGUCUUGGCAACAAGGAAGGAGACUCUCCAUCAAUAAAGAUGAAUUAAAAGCUACAUCACAGGCUAUAGAAAGAGUACAUCAUUUAUGUUGUAAUGAAAGUAAAGGCGCUCAGGAAUUGACAGCAGAAAUACAAGUACUUUAUCAGUGUAUAAGGUAUCCCAUAGUUGCUGUAGGUGUCUUGUUUUGGGUUAAACAAACAGUAGCAGACCCUGGUUAUUUCCAAAGGAUGACUGACCACACACCACUACAUCUUGCACUGUUAGACGAAGUUAGUAACUGUCAUCCUCUGCACCAUGACACUGUCUUACAACUACUCAAAGAUUUAUUUGAAAAAAUUUAUCCAGAUCUUGAUGUAUUACUUGAGUUGGAACUGAAGAAAACAGUACUGGAUAGAAUGGUGCACUUAUUAAGCAGAGGAUAUGUGGUAUAUGUAGUACAAUAUAUCAAGAAAUGUGUGGAGAAACAAGAUACAGAUAUCUCACUUAUAAGACACUUUGUUACAGAAGUACUUGAUAUGAUUGCUCCACCGUAUACCUCUGAGUUUGUACAGUUAUUUUUACCUAUUAUUGAGAAUGAGGAUAUCACUGGUACUCUCAGAAGUGAAGAUGGAAAAGAUCCAGUCUCAGAAUUUAUAGUUCAUUGUAAAACUAACUUUAUCAUGAUGAAUUGA